GUGCAAGCGAAGGAGUAGGCGAUCCCGACCGUGACGCCAUCGUUGUCCCCAAGCGGCGGAGUAGGCGGCCGCCGUGCUGGAGAGCCAGAGGUCAGUCGGGAGAGUGAAGGGGGCGCUGUGCGACUCCAGGAGUGGGACGGAGGGAGGGCCGUCCAGAGCUGGCAUCCGGAAGCCAGAGCGAGCAUGGAGGCCGUGGACGGGCAGGAGCUGCGGGUCGGCUCGCUCGUGCCGGUGCUGGUGGAGCAGAUAGUAAACGACACGCUGGUGGUGACCCUGAGCUGCGGGGAGAGGACUUACAGCGGCAUCCUGCUGGAUUGCACCAAGAGAUCCGGGUUGUUUUGUGUGCCACUGACACAGUUUCCAAAGGAUGAUGAGCCACCCUCUAAUAAUGCCUCUAAUGACGUCCCUCAAGAUUCUUUUCCCACUUCUCCCGUGUCUGAAACUCAGAUGCAAAAUGUUGUACUCCCUACUACAAACAACACUGAAGAUGUUCCUCCUCUACUUCCACCUCCAGGGAUUGCACCUUCCUACCCCCCUUACUUUGAAGGAGCUCCAUUUCCCAAACCCCUGUGGUUGAGGCACUCUUAUAAUCAGUGGGUACCUCAGCCACCACCAAGGAAUAUAAAGAGAACAAAGAGACGAAUGUCUCGAAAUAGAGGCUCUGGCAGACUCAUAAUGAGCACUAUUCGAUUAAGACCCCGGCAAGUUCUCUGUGAAAAAUGCAAGAACACUUUGAAUUCAGACUCAACUGAUAAAGAAAAACAAAACACUAGCAAUAACCAGAGUCGGACAAGUGAGGACAAAGAACAGAAUAAACCUGAAUGUGAUCUUGACAACAGGAAGAGUCCAAAAGAACGUAAAGAGGAGAGUACUUCCUCUAGAGACUUGGUGCACAGAAGUCCUGUUAUAAAAAUAUCUUACAGUACACCUCAAGGGAAGGGGAAAGUGGUUAAAAUACCUUCUCGUGUACAUGGCUCAGUAGAACCAUUUUGUCCAAAUCAGACUGUGCAAAAUGGAAUCAGGGACCAAGAAAUUUCCAAAGACUUUGACCGAUAUCAGACUCCAAAACGUGCAACAGACAAAUCCAUGAAUAGUAAUUUGGCUUCCAUUCCUAAAUUAAAAUUAAUUAAGCCCUUGCAUUCCAAUUCAGAUGUUCCACCUCCUAAAAUUAGGAUUAAACCCCAAAGGUUAAGUGGAGAUGAAAGUGUUCCUGUCUACAAAUCUGAGCUAAUUAAUGAAAUUCAUAGUCUACAGAACUGUAGAGGGUCUGAGACUGAUUCUUCUUCUUUUUAUAUAGAUGACUCUACUGAAAGAAAUUUCCAUGAUGUCUCCUUGGGUAGCUCAGGUGAGGAUGAUGAUUUUAAAGGUUUUCCACAAAAUAAUGAAGUGCAUAAUUUGAAUUUGCUCAUGAAUUAUCGGAAAAGAAAAGCAGAUUCUUCUAGUGCAUCAUUGUGUAGCAGUGAUAGUCUGGAUGAGUCAAAACCUUCCUGUUUGGAAUUAAACUCUAUGGAAUUUUGUGACCUUUUGCCUGGAGACAUUUCAGUGUCUUCUUCUUCCAAAGAUGAUCGGAAAAUUGUCCCGCCAUUGACUGUCCGACUUCACACUAAAAGUGUAUCAAAUUGUAUCACAUUAGAAGGAAAGACAAUUUCAGUUGGAGAUAUCGUUUGGGGUAAAGUUCAUGGUUUUCCUUGGUGGCCUGCACGUAUUCUCAAUAUUAAUGUUAAUCAAAAAGAGGAUGGUGAACCUUCUUGGCAGGAGGCAACUGUUUCUUGGUUUGGUUCUCCAACAACAUCCAGUUUAUCGGUUUCAAAACUUUCUUCUUUUUCUGAAUAUUUCAAACUGAGGUUUAACCGUAAGAAGAAAGGAGUAUAUCGUAAAGCAAUUGCAGAAGCUGCUAAGGCUACUGACCACCUGACUCCAGAAAUUAGAGAACUGUUAAUGCAGUGUGAAACGUAGCUAUAUUUCCCUUUAUAAGAUUUUCUGCUCUGUGACCAGCAGCCAAGCAACCACCCCCUUCUACACUGUCUUUUUAUCUAAAAGUCACAAGGAGGAUGGUACAGCCAAUAGGAAGCUGUGUCGUCUGUCCCAUUGAAAGUUGUAGCUCUGCGCUCCCGGCCUCUGCUACAGAGGCAAAAUGAAUAGGUUUUAAAUAUCUUUUCUGCUUCUGCUUUGACACUCAUUAAAUGUACAAAUGACAUACUUUAAUAUGCUGGCCGCUGCUUUGAAUACAUUUACCAUCACUUUAAAGGGACAUAAAAGUCAAAAUGAAACUUCAUGAUUCAGAUAUAACAUGCCAUAUUAAACAAAUUAUCGCUUUUACUUCUGUUAGUAAAUCUGCUUUGUUCUCUUGGUAUCUUUUCUGGAAGAGUAAAGCUAGGUAGGCUGAUAAUAGGUUAGAAGAGUGCACGUGUCUUUAGUAUUCUAUGGCAACGGUGUUAGUAACUAUGCAUGACAUUGCUAAAAACAAUGUUGCCAGAUGGCUAAAGACAUCUGCAUGCUUCUGAGCUCACCUAGAAUUACUCUUUAAUAAAGGAUACCAGGAGAACUUAGCAAAAUUGAUAAAAGAAGUAAAUAAAAAAGUUAUUUUGUAAAAUGUUAUACUCUAUCCAAUACAUUUUUGUUUAAUUUUGGCUUUACUGUCCCUUUUAACCUCCAUAAGAUUUUGAAUCCACAUUUUCAACAAGUAGCUGCUUAACAGAAGCGCUCCUGUCUAAGGAUGUGUGUAGUCAUAAUACAGUUAUUGUAUGCUGUCUGUUUACUGGUCGGGGAAACAGGUUAACCCCAUACCUGCUGAGCCAUGUCACACCCCUGUGCUGUGAUGUUUUUAGUGCUCACUAAAUUUAAAUGAACAUGGAACCCAACAUUUUUCUUUCAUGAUUCAGAUAUCAAAUAUCAAAUUUGCUUAAUUUUCUUGGUAUUCUUUGUUGGAGCAGCAAUACUCUACUGUGAGCUAGCUGUACACAAAUCCAAUGAGCCAAUGACAAGUGGCCUAUAUUGUGCAGCCACCAACUCCCAGUAGAGCAUUGCUGAUUUUGAUCCUACCUAGGUAUGGUUUCAACAAAGGAUACCAAGAGAAUGAAGCAAAUUAGAUAACAGAAGUAAGCUGGAAAGCUGUUUAAAAAUUCUCUAUCUGAAUUAUAAUAGUUUCAUUUUGACUUUACUGUCUCUUUAACUUCAAUUCCUGCAAUUUUUCUGUUUGUAAUAUGUAAAAUAUUCAGCAAAUCAUAUAUUUUCAGGAGAUACAGGUAUAUCCAAAAUUGGCAGAAACUCAUCACAAAGAAUGUACAAAAGAGAAAACAAUUCUGAAAUAAAAGCCUUUAUGAUUCUGCA